AUGAAGCAACAGCUCAAACCAUGGUCUGCCCUGCGUCACCUCCCCAACGAUGGGAUCAUCGGUCUAUUCAAGGCGUCUUCGCUUACCCUAGGCAAACCCGCCUUCUGGGCCAAUGUAUACGUUCGCCGUAUAGGACUCGACAUUGUGGCGAAGUUUCCCACCAUGCCUAGCGAGGCUCGCCACAUACAAGCUGUUCGUGCCCAUACGUCUAUUCCCAUCCCCACCUUGAUCAGGGAAUGUCACGACUCUGCCGAUCCGAAGGACGUUUGCCUUGUCCUUGAAUACGUUCCAGGACGCACUCUUGACCAAUGCUGGUCCGAGCUCUCUAUUUUCCGCAAGCUAUGGAUCAUCUGGAAGCUUAGGCAGUAUGUGAAACAGCUGCGUGAAAUCCCUCAUACCACACCCUGGCCGGGCCCUCUCGGCGAUACCCCUCAAACCUGUGUAUGCGAAGCACUGUUUAGUCCCACUGACGCUGGGCCGUUCGCCUCGUACCCCGAGCUUGUCGAUUGGUUUCAUUAUAAGUACGAAGUCGCUCAACGCAUGAACAAGGUAGUUGCCGGAUGCGGCCAUCUCCAAGACCCCGGACCCUUUCCCUCACAGUCGCCACUUGUAUUCACUCACCUCGACCUCAGUCCACGCAACGUCCUACUCGGAGACGACGGCCAGGUCUGGCUCAUCGACUUCGGCCUCUCAGGCUUCUACCCGCAGUGGUUUGAAUGGGCGAUGAUGUACGAAUGGGUGUCACUUGGUUGGAUUGGGAGGUUCGCGCGACGAGUCAUCGCCGGUUCUUAUUCGAAGGAGGCGAAGUUCAUCGGCUACAUUGGAUGGGCUAUAAACGUCGGAUACAGGAUGUAG